UCUCCUCUCUCUCUUCAGUCUUCACACCUCCCGCAACACGUCGUCACCACCGCCGCCGCCGCCGCCGCCGCAGCCGCAGCCGCCGUCGGCUCCCCUCCACUUACUCCGAGAAAAAAAAACCGAAACGAAUCACCCGAACUUCUCAUCCAGUCCCCCGUGCAAUAGGAGCAGUUUAAGGAGAAAAAUCAAGGGAGGAAUCCGACCCGCGAUUCCAGGGCCGUCAGGGAUUUGUGGGCCGGCGUCCACGUACCCGCUCCACAGAGAGGGUGACCGGGGCGAGAGCGCAAUGGCGGGGUGGGGCGCCGCUCGGAUGCCGGCGUGCGGGCCGUGGGGCGGAAGCCGACGUGUCGGGGCCGGCGACGCGCUGGAUGCCAGCGAGCUUUCGCGGGACGGCCGCAGGAUGCCCGCGUGCGGGCCGUGGGGUCACGGCGGGGACCCGGCGCUCGAAAGGGAGCUGUCGCGUGACGGCAGCCACUACAGCAUCUCCAGCGCCAUCCUGCCGUCUCUCGGCGCGCGGAGCAACCGCCGCAUCAAGCUCCGCCGCUUCAUCAUCUCCCCCUACGACCGCCGAUACAGAUUCUGGGAGACUUACCUCAUAGUCCUUGUAGUUUACUCUGCAUGGGUUUCACCGUUCGAAUUUGGCUUUAUUCGGAAGCCUACGGGAGCUCUAGCUACAGCCGACAAUGUCGUGAAUGCGUUCUUCGCGGUUGACAUCGUUCUGACCUUCUUUGUAGCUUAUUUGGACAAAAUGAGCUAUAUGCUUGAAGAUGACCCAAAGAAGAUUGCUUGGCGCUAUUGUACCACAUGGCUUGUUCUUGAUGUGGCCUCCACCAUCCCAUCAGAAUUUGCUCGCAGGAUACUACCUUCAAAGCUCAGGUCGUACGGAUUUUUCAACAUGCUUCGUUUGUGGCGUCUCCGCAGAGUCAGCUCUCUCUUUUCUCGAUUGGAGAAGGAUAGGCACUUCAAUUACUUCUGGGUUCGGUGCGCAAAGCUCAUUUGCGUCACACUUUUCGCUGUUCACUGUGCGGCAUGCUUCUAUUAUCUUCUUGCUGAUAGGUAUCCCGUCCCAACUUCUACAUGGAUCGGCAAUUACAUGGCGGAUUUCCAUGAACGGAGCUUAUGGAUUCGCUACGUAACAUCAGUCUAUUGGUCAAUCACCACUCUUACCACCGUGGGCUAUGGGGAUCUACAUGCGGAAAACACAAGGGAGAUGGUCUUCAACAUUUUCUACAUGCUUUUUAACCUUGGACUGACCGCAUAUUUGAUCGGUAACAUGACCAAUUUGGUUGUCCAUGGCACCAGUCGUACACGAAAAUAUAGGGAUACAAUCCAAGCAGCAACAAGCUUUGGAGUAAGAAAUCAACUACCACCUCGGCUGCAAGAUCAGAUGAUUUCACAUAUUAGCUUAAAAUACAGGACAGAUUCAGAAGGUCUCCAACAACAGGAGAUCCUUGAUUCACUGCCUAAGGCUAUUAAAUCUAGCAUUUCUCAAUAUCUGUUUUUCCAUCUGGUUCAAAAUGUUUACCUGUUUCAAGGAGUUUCGAAUGAUCUGAUUUUUCAACUGGUUUCCGAGAUGAAAGCUGAAUACUUUCCACCUAGGGAGGAUGUGAUUUUGCAGAACGAAGCGCCCACUGACUUCUACAUCUUAGUUUCUGGUAGUGUGGAGUUAGUAGAGCACCAAAAUGGCUCAGAACAGGUGAUACAAGUGUCUAAGUCAGGAGAUGUUGUUGGAGAAAUUGGAGUUCUUUGCUAUAGACCUCAGCUAUUUACAGUUCGAACAAGAUCCUUGUGUCAGCUGCUGCGUUUGAAUCGUACAGCUUUUCUCAGCAUUGUUCAAUCCAAUGUUGGGGAUGGAACUAUCAUAAUGAACAAUCUUAUUCAGUUCCUUAAAGAGCAGAAGGACAACAAUGUAAUGGCAGGCGUGGUGAAAGAGAUAGAGAGCAUGCUAGCUCGGGGACAUCUGGAUUUGCCAAUUACACUCUGUUUUGCAGUAACUAGAGGAGAUGACUUUUUGUUGCAUCAACUUCUUAAGCGUGGUUUGGAUCCAAAUGAGUCAGAUAAUGAUGGACAUACAGCACUGCAUAUAGCUGCUUCCAAAGGAAAUGAGCAAUGCGUCAGGCUUCUUUUAGAAUAUGGAGCUGAUCCAAAUGCCAGGGACUCAGAAGGAAAGGUUCCACUGUGGGAGGCUCUGUGUGAAAAGCACGCCGCCGUCGUGCAGCUAUUAGUCGAAGGCGGUGCAGAUCUGUCGUCGGGGGACACAGGCCUAUACGCCUGCAUCGCUGUCGAGGAGAGCAACGCCGAACUGCUGAACGACAUCAUCCACUACGGGGGGGAUGUGAACAGGGCUCGCAGAGACGGAACCACUGCCCUGCACCGCGCUGUCUGCGACGGGAACGUCCAGAUGGUCGAGCUCCUGCUGGAACACGGAGCCGACGUUGACAAGCGGGACGGCAACGGCUGGACCCCGAGAGCUCUAGCUGAUCAGCAAGGCCACGACGACAUCCAGCUCCUGUUCAGGUCGCGCAAGGCGCCGAGCCACCAUCACGUCGUCCCCCCAGGCUCCACCGCCAAGGCGGCGCCUCCGCUGAUCGGGAGGUUCAACAGCGAGCCCGCGAUGAAAAACAUGAUCCACGAGGACGCCGCCGAUCUGCCCAGCCGAGUCCUUCCCGAGAAGCUCCGCAGGAAGAGGGUCACCUUCCAGAACUCCCUCUUCGGCGUCAUCUCGUCGUCGCAGGCGCAGCGGGAGACCGACCACCCGAUCCCGACGGGCCUCCCGACGGCAGGCUCACCGAGCGGCAGCCGGAACUCCGUCAUCAGGGUGACGAUCAGCUGCCCCGAGAAAGGGAACACUGCUGGGAAGCUCGUGCUCCUGCCUCAGACGCUGGACAUGCUUCUUGAGCUAGGCGCGAAGAAGUUCGACUUCGCGCCUACCAAGGUUCUGACAGUGGAAGGUGCUGAGGUCGAUGAGGUGGAGCUCAUCAGAGAUGGUGAUCAUCUCGUCCUUGUCAGCGAUGACUGGGAUGCAGAGAAGACGAAACGCAAGAGCUAGUAAAACUAGUUUUGUUUUUAUGCUUCAUUGCUGUAGAAUUCCAAGAAAGGGAGGUAGAAUUAGCCAUUUGACGCAGUCGAUCGGUUGCCAAGGAAUAGCUGGAAAUUACUCCUACUUACUCCCCCGUGAAGAUAUGGUGAUUUGUGGAUUUGGGUAACGUCCUUAUUCAUAACUGUAUAAGCGUAAUCAUUUCAAAUUGUUGUAAGGCAGUUUGGAAGCUAUCGUUUUUGUUUUAGAUGGAAGUUGUUCUGAAGGCUUGUAAAGUUUUGCGCCUUACUAAUUUUUGAAAGUAAAGUCCAAAGAAAG